AUGAAGAAUUAUCUCAGUGCGCAUCCGUUGGCCCAGGGCGAGUUAUCGGUUGUUUUGUUGAGCUUCCUGUCUGGAGGCCUUGCGACGACACGCAAUACCCUUCUCUGGUGCUUCACUAUCCUUGCGGCACAGCUUGAGCUCCAGAAUACUGCGUAUGAAGCAAUCCGGCAAUUAUACCCCGAUGACAAACAAAUCUUUGGAUCUGAGGUGGUGGAGGUGGAAGAAGUCCAGUAUAUACGGGCACUUCUUCGUGAGUGUCUGCGGGGUUAUACUCCAGUGCGACUGUCACUUCCUCGACUUACUAUCCAGGAGUUUGAGUAUGAGGGAAAAGGUGUCCCACCAGAAACUAUGAUUCUACUGAACGCGUGGGCGUGUAACAUAGAUCCCUUAGUAUACGAGGACCCAGAAAUCUUCCGCCCUGAGAGGUGGCUCGAGAAUCCAGAUCUGCCGCUGUUCGCCUUCGGACUGGGCUACCGGGUGUGUCCUGGGUAUCACCUUGCGAACCGCGAUAUCUAUGUGGUAUUGGUCAGAACAAUCGCCGCGUUCGAGAUCAAGGCUAUCCAUCGGACUGAUGCUGAUCCUCUUACGGGAUGUGCUGAUCCACGGAGCCACAGGUUUUACUUCGUACCGAGGGAUUUGAACUGCUUGAAGGAAGUACUGGGUGGAUGCUGA